AACGUGCUGAAGUUCACGGAGCAGGAGCACCCUGACUACUACCUGCUGCUGGUCUGCGUCCAGCGCCUGCGCGUCUUCAUCUCCCACUACAGCCUCCUCUUCCAAUGCAACGAGGACCUGCUCAUACAGAAGAGGAAGAAGUUGAAGAAGUCAUCCCUGGUGAAGCUGUACAAAGGUCUCACCUCCCAGUGUGCCAGCCAAGAGGUUUCCCCGACGCCCAGCGCGGCGUCUAUCCGGGACAGCGGGAUCCACUCCGAGGAGACAAUCCAGUCCUUCCCACCAGCACCUUCCUCUGGCACCACCACCCCGCAUCUGAUGCCCCAGGUGAAGAAACCGCAGCCAGCCGUGAUGGAGAACAUCCAGGCUGUGAAGCCUCCCGACUGGGAAAUGGAGAGCAGGAAACACGAGAGGCCGGAGAACAUCCUCGGCUCCUCCCAGCUGACGGAGCAGGAGCUGAAGGCUCUGAGCACCCCCCUGCAGUCCAUCCCCGAGAUGGAGUACGAGGCGCCGCCGGCCGACGCGGUGGGGAACGCCGAGAGAGCCAUGCGGAGCUCGGUGGAGCUGCUGCAGGACGCCAGGAACUUCGCCCCGAGCUACGAAGAGUUCGAGUACCCCGGCGAGGUGUUCCCCCUGCCCGGCCCCUACGAAGAGGACACCUUCCAGAACCUCGCCCUCUUUGAGAACUGCUCCCCGGCCUCCUCCGAGUCCAGCCUGGACAUCUGCUUCCUCCGGCCGGUCAACUUCACCUCGGAGCCCGAGAGGACGGAGCACGCCCUGCAGCCGCUGCCCAAGAGCUGCACCCCGGUCAGCAGCAGCACCUACAAGCGAGAGAUGUUCCACAGCAAGGGCAAGCAGCUGAGCAGGUCGCUGAAGGAGCUGCCGCGCAGCGCCGAGGGGGUCAGCACCAGGCUGUACAGCACCCGCAGCAGCAGCGGCAGCCGCCUGCAGCACAAGCAGGAGAGGAGCCUCCAGCCCCACAUGGGCCCCGCCUCAGCCCGCAGCUCCCAGAGGAGCUACUUCCCCCCACAGAGAGGAGCCAGUGAAAAGCAGAGCUUUUUGGAAGAGCUCCAUGCAGAAGACAACACCAGGUUCUGCCAGAAGGAUGACAAUGAGCAAACAUCCUUCAGCGACCACAACCCGCGGCACGAGCCCAAGGGGGGUUUCCGGAGCUCCUUCCGCAAGCUCUUCAAAAAGAAAUAA